AUGACAGGAUACCAGCUCUGGUCACCAUGGACUCCUCUGGACGAGAACUUGCGAUGGCUGCGGCACACAACACCUACCCUUUGCUCCAAACACCCUUUUAGGGGUUCUCCUUUAUUUCCAAAGAGCCCUUCGGACCUUGAAGUGCAACAGUGCUUUCAGGAAGUCGCUGUAGUCUUAGAUAGCCCGCCAUUGGAAAAUGGAGAGAGCCGGGAUUCAGCUGGCCAAGCAUCAGAGCCAGAGACCACUGACAAGAAGUAUGGAUUAGUUAGGAAGCCGGAGCCCAUCCGCCUCAUUGGAGUGGAUAGCGUCUUUGGAAGGGAUAUUACAGUUCAGCCACCCAAGUGGACUGGAACCUUCAGAGUUUCAGACACAUCAGCCUUCAGCAAAAUUAUCAGCAAGGAACAAAAGUGGCCCACUGGACUCAAGGAUCCUCAGAAUGAGAUGACUGUGGCUAUGUGCAAACAGAUGUUACGCUCUAUCCUCCUCCUGUAUGCGUUAUACAAAAAGUGCACCUUUGUCCUGCAACAUUCCCAGUAA